CCGGCUGGAGACAACGCCGGAUUCCACCAGAUCUCUUCCUCACAAUCCUCCUACCCACCAUAUUCCGUCGACCAGUAUCCUCCUCAGCCCGAGUACGAUCAGCAGCCAUACGCACAGUACCCUCAAUACCAGACCUCUCCGUCACAACCCCAGUAUCUCAAUAGCGCCAACCCUCCGAUGGCGCCUGCUACCGUCAGUCGGCUUACGGUGUUCAGAAAGGGCACCAUUGAGAUUUUCAAGAGGAGAUGGUCGCGAUGGUUCUUCCUGACCAUUAUUUUACAAGCCAUCAUCUGCAUUGUCUUUGAAGCAUAUACCUUCGCCCAAUUUACAGAUGGGUUGAUGGAUACCGAAGCUCCAGUGUUCAAGAACGACCCCGACGUGCAGUCUCAGCUGAAGACAAUUCCUACUUUCCUUGGUCUCUUCAUUUUCGGCUUCGUGUACGACGUUGUUCUCGUUUGGGAUGCUCUUAUUGCGAAGAAUACCAUUCAAAUUAUCGGAGUGUGCAUUGCGAACCUUGCUUUGCUCGUUUACGGCGCACUUCAAAUCGACCAGAUCCACGAGGCCAUCGUCAUUCUUAUGACAAAGAAUGUUUUCUGGAACUUGGACGUCUGGACUGAGACUCGAGCUGAGCUGAUUGCUAUCCCGGCAAUCAUAGGACUUCUUACACUUGUUUUAGGCUUUAUUGCUUGGAAACUGUAUCAGGAGUUUGCCUGGGAUAUCCUGAAGCAAAUAGGAGCUGACUACAGGAUGAAGAAGCGAUUCUUGCAUUACCAGAUUUACAUCGCUCUCCUGAAGUUCGAUUUCUUCUUUUUCGUCGGCUUCACAAUCCAAUUCCUUGUGGUAGUUGGUGGUAGGUCGGAGGUCGAAUUUGGCUUGACUGCUGCUGCCAUACCUGUUACCAUCGCAAUCCUUCUCUGUGCAGCAUGGUCCACGCGUCGUGAGUGGAAAGUCGGCAUGUGGAUUGUUGGAAUUCUCUAUCUUGGAGGCUUGACUUACUUCAUCUACAAGCUUGCGCGCAUCUACACUCCUUCUCAGGCGCAGUACUAUAUGCCGGUUCGAAAGUCCUUGACUGCAUUUGCAGUUCUUACCAUUAUCCUUAUCAUCUUGACAAUCAUCAAUGCAUUAGUUUGCUUGUUCAAUUUCGGCCACGGCCUCAAGCAACACCUUCUCAAGUCGCCACGACAAGAAAUGGACAAGGAUCAAGUUAGUUACUCGAUGCACGACGUCAAGCAGUCGCAGUUGCCCAGCCGGAUGACUAUUGAUUGAGUCAUCUCGUUUCAGGCUGGCCUUGAUCAAAUUUAGAUGUACAA